UGUUGUCAGAUCAGACCACUGACUGCGAGGUUGCCGGGUUUACUGGAGACGCAGACUGAAUUUAGGCGUUCGGUGAUUGCAUCUGGAGGCGUGYGUAAGACUGUCGGUGAAGAAAGCUUUUAAUCUUAUUCCUCAAAGAGGUGGAAGUUUUAUUCAGGAGUCUUAUGAACACAGAAGAAAGUUCUUCCAUUCAGAAUUGUGGGACUAGGUUUCUUGCUAACAAUAUGAAAAGCUCCGAGUUUAGCCCGGGAAAGAAAAAAAGGGUUAAAAUGCCCKCGAGGAGACUUCGUGAGGUCCUUUCUCCGAAUCAGGAAGACAAUUUGGCUUUGUGGAAAGAUGAGUUGCCCCGUGUUUGUCCAGUGUUGUCUGCAAAUAAACGUCCUCCUGUUCGAAUGGGGACUAACAUGAAUGGAACAUUGCAUGGUUCUUCGGAUAUAACUUCUUCUAGAAAAUAUCACAAGCCUCCGUUAGAAAAUUCUGCUAUAUCAGAAAGUGAUUUUUCUAAAGAUGUUGUAGUGCAGAGGUUACCUUUGGAUAAAACAGAAGAGAGCAACAGACAAAACGCAAAUGAUAUCUGUAUUUCUCAGUAUACCAUGGGACAGAAGGAUGCUCUAAGAACAGUUUUAAAGCAAAAAGCGCGAAGCAUGCCUAUCUUUAAGGAAGUAAAGGUACAUCUUUUGGAAGAUGCUGGCAGAGAAGAGAAUACUGUUACACAGGAGGCCAGAACUUCACCCAGUGCCAUUGAUUCUGCUACAACUGUAGCUGCAGCAACUGCUGCUGCCAUUGCAACAGCAGCUCCACUGAUAAAG